AUGAUGAGCCCGACUUCCAUCCUAGACAGCAAGUCCUUCUCCGGCCUAAAAAACCCAUUCUCCCCUGAACUCGCUUCUCCCGAGCCAGUACUGGGAAACCUCGAUUCCCCUAAAAUCGGGCUCGGCCUUGUCGACGUUCUUUUCUCUGAUCAGAACAAGAGCCCCCUAAAUUCAUCAACAAAAUUACCCGCCGAGAGCCGAAUGGUUCUGUUAGAGUCCCAGCUCAAGAUCCAGAUCCCUUCUUCCUUGCUCUCCUCCCGUCUUCUUCCCCAGCAGCAGGGUCUUCCCCCAGAUCUCCGGCCGAUUUCGGGAUCAAGACGAGGAACUCUCAAUUGGGCAGUUUCUUUCUCCUCCUCCGGUCUAUCCCCAUCCCUCGUACUGAAAUCCACGACGUUUGGGUCGCGGGUCUUCACCGCCAGCGAAAUGGAGCUUUCCGAGGACUAUACCUACGUCAUCUCCCACGGCCCCAUCCCGAAAACCACUCACAUAUUCGACGCUUGCAUCAUCGACGCCUGUUGCGGCGUGUUUACCCUCGAUCCCUCGGUCAAAGAAGCGUCCGACGAUUUCUACCCUUCUGAGAGCGUGAUUAUAAUAAUAUUUUUAUUUUACUUUAUUGUGAAAAUGAGUUGGAAAUGGUAG